CCCACUCAUGAUUUGGAGUUGGCAGCGGUGGUAUUUGCUCUCAAGAUUUGGCGACAUUAUUUGUAUGGUGAUGGAUUGAACUUAUAAAAGUUUAUGAUUGUACAAUUGAUUAUCAUCCAGGUAAAGCUAAUGUAGUUGCUGAUGCCCUAAGCAGAAAGGGGAAAAAGAAAAAUAUAAAUGAUCUGAUUGAUUUAAGCGCAAUGAAUGUUGAUUUGGAAGUGGAUGGUGUAACAGGGUUACUAGCUCGGUUGAAUAUCCGACCUUUGUUGCAUGACAAAAUUCGUGAGAAGCAGAAGGAGGACCCAGAGUUGGCAAAAAUCAUUCAAGACAUUGAGGAAGGAAAAGAAAUCCCAUUUGAAAUGGUAGAUGGCAUGUUGAAGAUGAAUGGAAGAGCAUGUGUUCCUAAUGUUGAUAACUUGAGGAAAGAGAUCCUAGAUGAAGCUCAUUCUUCUGCUUAUGCUAUGCACCCAGGAGCAACUAAAAUGUAUCACACGAUCAAACCAUAUUUUUGGUGGCGUGGGAUGAAAAAGGAAGCGGCUGAACAUGUUUACACAUGUGGGGUAUGUCAGAAAGUUAAGGCAGAACAUCAAGCUCCUGUGGGAAAACUACAACCACUUCCAAUUCCAGAAAGGAAGUGGGAAAGAAUCACAAUGGAUUUUGUAUAUGGUCUCCCAUCAUCAAGGGGAAAAGAUGCAGUUUGGGUUAUUGUGGACCGACUAACCAAAGCGGCUCACUUUUUACCCAUUAAAUGGAAACCAUCAUUGGAGACUUUGUCUCAACUAUAUAUUAAGGAGAUCAUCAGAUUGCAUGGUGUGCCAAUUUCUAUUGUCUCUGAUCGAGACCCGAGCUUCACAUCUCGGUUUUGGCAAAGUUUACAUGAUGCCUUUGGAACUAAACUGCAUUUUACUUCAGCUUAUCAUCCUCAAACAGAUGGGCAGAGUGAACGAACCAUCCUUACCUUGGAAGAGUUACUUCGAUCAUGUGUAAUGCAAUGGGAGGAAUCUUGGAUUGAUCAUUUGCCCCUAAUUGAGUUUGUUUACAACAACCAGUACCAUAAUAGCUUGGGUGUUCCACCAUAUGAAGCACUUUAUGGGAGGAAAUGCAGGACACCAUUAUGUUGGGAUGUAGAAGGAGCAAGGCAAAUCUCAGGGCCAGAGAUAGUUCAGAUCACAGUUGAUAAGGUCAAGGAAAUCAGGGAGUAUUUGAGGGUGGCUCAAGAUCAACAGAAAGUUUAUGUUGACACGAGUAGGCGUGAAGUUAAUUUCGAAGUGGGUGAGAAAGUAUUUCUCAAAGUUUCACCAUGGAAAGGGGUGAUGAGAUUUGGUAAGAAAGGAAAGCUUGCACCUCGAUAUAUUGGACCAUAUGAAAUCACAGAGAAGAUUGGACCAGUGGCUUAUAAGUUGGCAUUGCAUCCAGAACUAUCUCAAAUCCACAAUGUAUUUCAUGUUAGUAUGCUGAGGAGGUACAAAGUGGAUCCUUCCCAUGUUAUACAACCAGAAGAUAUCGAGUUGGGUCCAGAUUUGACAUUUAAAGAGGUUCCAUACGAGAUUGUUGAUUUUCAGAUUAAGACUCUUCGUAGGAAGGAAAUUCCAAUGUUGAAGGUGGUGUGGAGGAAUCAAGAAAGUGAGAGUGCUACCUGGGAGACUGAAGCAAGUAUGCGAGAGAAGUACCCUAAGUUAGUAGCAACCAACUUUGAAGGUUAACAAUCUCGCUUAAUAAGUUAUGUUUUAAACUUGCUAAUGUGCUUUUGUUGUGAUAGCCUAAUAUAGGUUUUUGAAACCUAAACAUGGGAACUUGAGCUGUUAUGUGUUUACCUUCUAUGCUAUGAAUCAGCUAACCAAAGAGUUAGGUGAUGGUUUAUCUACAAUAGACCAUGUCAAGGGUAAGUAAGCGGACUAAGGGUACAACUCAAGGUUAGAUUUCGGGGAUGAAAUCUUAUAAGGAGGGGAGAAUUGUAACAUCCCAUUUUGGCUAAACUCGUAUUAUGGUCGCUAGAAAAAUUUCACGAUUUAAAAUCGACUAUUUUGACAAUAUUUCGAUGAAAAUCGAAUUACCGAUCUAUCGGAUAAGUAUACUUAUUAAUUAUAUAUAAUAUAUAUAUAUAUAGAGUUACAUUAAGCACCGGUAUAUAUAAUUCACCCGUGUCCAUUCUUUUCCAUUAUCAUCUUCUUUUCUUCUUCCAUUCUAAGCCGAGAGAAACAGAGCGCUCGGCCAAAAAUUCCAAAGCUCAAAUCUUGAGUCCUAGUGAUCCAAAAAUCCCGUAAGUAAUGCCUAAUUCAUCUAUACAUCGUGAUUUAUCGAUUUAGAGCUUUGAAAUGAGUUUUUGGUGCAUGAAUUUCUUGAAUUUUCGAUAAGCCAAAUUAGGAUUUUGGAGUAUCCGGAAGCCGGAUUGAGCCCAAAUUUCAUAUACGAGCUUCCUGUAGUGAGGUAAUCAAUCCUUUAGUUCUAAUCCCUGAAUUUCGGCAAUUAUUUAGGUCGGGGUCCAAAUCGAUGAAUUUAGCUCCGGCCAGGGUUAGAUGUAUUUUUAUCGAGAAUUUGAUCCGGAGCCUAGAACUAACAUUGACGGGGACACUGCAGGGGAUAUUAGGACAAUCUCGGAUUUGGAUUCCGGGUUUGUUUGAGAAAGUGAAGUUGGGGUACGGGAGGCUAGAACCGGUGUUUGAACGACCAGAACUGGUGAGGGAUUAGCACGACAUACCGGGUUUGUCGUAUCACGAUAAUUAUAUUGAUUCUUAAAUUGACCUAGGUGAAUUAGAAUGGCAUGAUUAGGGGUGUAUGGACUUUUAUGCUAUAUGAUGAACCAUGGAUUGUAUGAUAUUAUUGACUUUCCAUAGCCGAUAUGGACCUUGUUUAUGUUGAUGAUUGCAUACAUGUUGCCAUUUGUGGCUUAACCGUUGAUAUGACUUCAUGGUUGUUUGAUCAGGUGUUUUGACAUGUUGUGAUAUUGUGGUUGUAUUUGGAUUCCCAAGUGGGGGAAAUAAACUUCCCAGGGUGAUAUUAUGAUGUUUAAGGAGGAUGACUUGCAAGAGGGUUUAUCCCGAGGAAGUGCAAUUAUAUGUCUCCUGAUUUACCUAUGUUGAGAGCCAAUUAUGGCCAGGUCAAGUACAUGUGCAAGUAAUGAAUUAUCAUUAAGCAAGAUGAGAUAUGAAUCAUGUAUAAGGAUACCAAAUAUGAGUGUUGUGGUCUCACGGUGAACUACAUAGUAAUUACGGCUCCCUAUGCUAUAAGUACUCUAGUAUGAUAUGUAGUAUAGGCACACCUCUCAUGUGGUGGUGACUGAAGAAUUCUUACGAGAUAUGACCACACCCAGAGCGGUGUCGGGGUAUGACUACACCCAUAGUGGUGUGGGGUAUGUAUGACCACAUCCGAUGGGAUGUUGGGGUAUGUAUGACUACAUCCGACGGGAUGUGGGGUAUGUUUCUCGAGAGAGUUAUUAGCAUGGGAGUAGCUAGGCGCCUAUAAGUAAAACAUGAUAAGAUGC